AUGAGUGAAAUAUUCCAAGAGCCUAAGGGCUUAAAAUCAAUGUCAGCUGGAUUCUCAUCUCAUCAUCAAUCGUGUCGCAGCAAGCAAAGGAAAAUGGAUGAACAUGGAGGAAGCAAGGUGACAGGCAUUAAGCAGAUUGUAAGACUAAAAGAAUUUCUAAGUAAAUGGCAACAUGUCACACUUGGUCCCAAGGGAAAUGGUAAUAAUUGCAACAACAACGAUAAUAAUAAUAAUAAUAAUAAUCAUCUUGGAUCAUCGUUGAAACACGGUAGCAAUUCCCCUAGAGGAAUAUCACCUUCGAUUAGUAUGAGGUUGAGGAAUUACAAUGUAUAUUGUGAUUCAGAUGAGGAGAGUUGUCAAAGUCCAGAGCCACCCCAUGGUGUCCCUAGAGGCUAUUUGGCUGUUUAUGUUGGACCGGAGCUUCGGAGGUUUAUAAUUCCCACAAGUUAUCUUGGUGAUCCAUUGUUUAAAUUGUUGUUGGAAAAAGUUGAGGAAGAGUUUGGGUUUGAUCACAUUGGUGGACUCACUAUACCUUGUGAGAUUGAGACCUUCAAGUUUCUCAUGCAGUGCAUGGAAAAUCAUCAAAGAGAUCAACCUUCCUCUUCUCUUUAUCAACACCAUUCUGGUAAUUAG